AUGGCCGAGUUGGAGGCCCAGGGGCGCCUAUGGCUCGAAAGCCCCCCAGGGGGGGCGCCCCCCAUCUUCUUCCCUUUGGGCAGGCAAGCACUCAUCCUGGGUCGGGGGCCCCUGACCCGGGUCACCGACCGGAAGUGCUCACGAACCCAAGUGGAGCUGGUGGCAGACCCUGAGACCCGGACAGUGGUCGUGAAACAGCUGGGAGUUAACCCCUCAACUGCGGGGACCCAGGAGCUGAACCCAGGAUUAGAAGGCUCUCUGAGGGUGGGGGAUACGCUGUAUUUGGUCAAUGGUCUCCACCCCCUGACCCUGCGCUGGGAAGAGGCACACACUUCUGGAUCCCAGCCAGACACUCCGCCCUGCACCCCUCCGGUGGCCACAGAUGGAGAGGAAGGUGUUGAGUCCCAGAAAAAGCGUGUGCGGAAGUCAUCUCCUGGCUGGGAGGACCUUGAGAAGCUGCUGGUGUUCACGGCACCUGGGGUGAAGGCCCGGGGCAAGGUGGCCAGCUUUGACCUGGAUGGGACCCUCAUCACCACACGUUCUGGGAAGGUCUUUCCCACUGGCCCCAGUGAUUGGAAGAUCUUGUACCCAGAGAUCCCAAGGAAGCUCCGUGAGCUGGAAGCUGAGGGCUAUAAGCUGGUUAUCUUCACCAACCAGAUGGGCAUCGGGCGGGGGAAGCUGCCUGCAGAAGAGUUUAAGGGCAAAAUUGAGGCUGUGAUGGAGAAGCUGGGGGUGCCUUUCCAGGUUUUGGUGGCCACGCAUGCUGGCUUAUACCGGAAGCCGGUGACUGGCAUGUGGGACUAUCUGCAGGAGCAGGCCAACGAGGACGUGCCCAUCUCCAUUGGGGACAGCCACUACGUUGGAGAUGCAGCUGGGCGACCUGCUAACUGGGCUCCUGGGCGGAAGAAGAAAGACUUCUCUUGUGCAGACCGCCUGUUUGCCCUCAACCUCGGCCUGCCCUUCUCCACACCGGAGGAGUUCUUUCUCAAGUGGCCCACAGCCAGCUUCGAACUCCCAGCCUUUGACCCGAGAAACGUCAUCUCCUCAGGACCUCUAUGCCUCCCCGAGUCCAGUUCUCUUCUGAGCACUGACCCUGAGGUGGUGGUCACCGUGGGAUUUCCUGGGGCUGGGAAGUCUACCUUUGUCAAAGAGCACCUGGUUUCAGCCGGAUAUGUUCACGUCAACAGGGACACAUUGGGCUCAUGGCAACGCUGUGUGACCAUGUGUGAGACAUCCCUAAAGCAGAAGAAACGAGUUGUAAUUGACAACACAAACCCAGAUGUCCUGAGUCGGGCCAGGUACAUCAAGUGUGCCCAAGAUGCAGGUGUUCCCUGCCGCUGCUUCCUCUUCCCUGCCACCCUGGAGCAGGCGCGUCACAACAACCGGUUCCGUGAGAUGACGGGAUCCCAGCACGCCCCAGUGACUGACGUGGUCAUGUAUGGCUACAGGAAGCAGUUUGAGGCACCCACGCAGGCUGAGGGCUUCACACAAGUGCUGGAGAUCCCCUUCCGGCUUCAACUGGCGCCGCGGCUGGAGCGGCUGUACAGGCAGUUCUCUGAGGGCUGA